UUUCGGCCUCGUACUCUCGCUCCCUCCCUCCUCUCCCCCCUCCUCAAAAUGGAACCCAAUGAAAACCAGCUCAGCUCCUACUUCCACCACCAGCAACAGCAGGCCACCACCUCCGCCGCCGCCCCCGCCACCUCCUCCCCGACCAAUGGCCUCUUGCCCAACACUGACGCCUCCCACAUGGUCUUCCCUCAUUCCGUGCCCUCCGCGGUCUCCUCUCAAUUAGAACCCCCCAAGAGGAAGAGGGGCAGGCCCAGGAAGUACGGCACCCCCGAGCAAGCUCUAGCCGCCAAGAAGGCUGCCACCUCGUCCUCUCACCCUUUCAACAGGGAUAAGAAGGGCCACGCUCUGGGCAGCCCCUCUGCUUCGUCUUCGUACACCGGCUCCUCCAAGAAAUCCCAGUUCUCUUCUCUGGGUCAAGGCUUCACGCCACACGUCAUUACUGUUGCUGCUGGUGAGGAUGUUGGGCAAAAAAUUAUGUUGUUCAUGCAACAAAGUAGGCGUGAAAUGUGCAUCUUGUCUGCAUCUGGUUCCAUCUCUAAUGCCUCUCUCCGUCAACCUGCAACCUCAGGAGGCAAUAUUGCAUAUGAGGGUCGAUUUGAGAUUAUUUCAUUAUCUGGUUCCUAUGUCCGUACUGAACUUGGAGGGCGUACUGGUGGUCUUAGUGUGUGCUUAUCAAGUACCGAUGGUCAAAUCAUAGGUGGAGGAGUUGGUGGACCCCUAAAAGCUGCUGGUCCAGUUCAGGUGAUUGUUGGUACAUUUUUUCUGGAUGCCAAGAAGGAUGCCGGAGCUAGUGCUGGUGUAAAAGGUGAUGCUUCUGGGAGCAAGGUGGCAUCAUUGGUUGGGGAGUCGGUAUCAAGUUUAGGUUACCAGCCGGGCGUUGAAUCUUCCAGCGGGAAUCCAAUUCGCAGAAAUGAUGAUGAUCAUCAUGCUGUUGGUGGGAGUCAUUUCAUGAUUCAACAACGUGGUGUGCAUGUGACGCCUUCCCAGCCCACAGAGUGGUGGGCUCGUCCUGAUUCCAGAAAUGCUGGCUUUGAACAAAUGACAGGAAAAACAGGCCAUGGGGGUCAUCAGUCUCCAGAGAACGGAGAUUAUUUAACAUGAUUGAUGAGAGAUGAUGGCUCUGGGGGUUUGGAAAGCACUCAUCUAUCCUCUGCUUUGGUACUUGUAUUAUAUCUUUACUUGCCACAAGUCUCAACCCAAAGUGAUGCUGUUUAUAGCAUGCGACGGCGCAUUCCAUUGAAGAAAGGGUCGUUGCUUUUGAAGAUUAUUACUCAUCUGCUCAUGCUGUAGCCUAAAGUCAGGGUUGUUUCCCUUCUUUUACUACCACAAUAAAUAAAGGUAGUAGCGACAUGCGUAUAUCAGAUUAGCUUCUGGGCUACAACUUGCUUCUAUUUUCGUUGUGCAUAGAAUGCCAUGCAGAGUUGUUUCCCCUUGACUUCUUGUUUCCCGUUUUUCUCUCCCUGAAAUCCUUCUAUUCCUUUUCC